AUGUCGAUCAACGUGUACGGCAUCGAGAAUAAACAGGUCCUUUCUCUACGCCUCACCGGUGAUAAGAAGGAGAAGCACGUUAACAUGCUGUAUCUGCAAGAUCCACGCAACGAUGGUGUCGUCCACUUAAUGUGGAUCAAGAACCUGUCCCGUCUCGUGAGAUUGCAAAUUACUAGGGACAAGAAUAAGAAAUUUUCCUGCGAUCGAUGUCUUCAUUACUUCAGUACAAACGAAAAAUUACAGUCACACGUAGUGAAUUGUGGCAAAAUGAACGACUGCGCUGUCCGACUGCGGAGCGUGGACGACAAGUGGCUCGAGUUUGGGAACCACCGCAAUAACGAACGAGUGCCGUUCAUCGUCUAUGCCGACCUGGAGUGCGUUCUACGUAAGAUGGAACCCAACAAGGAAGACGCAUCGUCAUACACAUGUCAACAACAUGAGGUAUUUAGUAUAGGAUAUUACGUGCGAUGCUCGUACGAUGACGCGUUAUCGUCGUAUCAGUUCCGUCGCGAUAAAGACUACAUAGCGUGGUUCGCGCGACGACUCCAAGACUUGACGCAUCGCUUGAAAAAUAUCGUAUCCGCUAACGUGCCCAUGGAAACGUUGUCUAAACAGCAAUUGGAGGCGUAUCAUAGCGCAACGUCACAUCUGCGAGAAACCGUUCGCGCCGGACGAAAUGCAGGUACGCGAUCAUUGCCAUCUCACUGGUAG